AUGGAACAAUAACAAUAAUAGGUCUCUCAAGAAGUCGUUCAAUAAUAUAACAAGCUUAAGAUGGAAUAUAGCGAACUCUUAAGAACUUCUAUGGAUAUCGAAGAAGAAAAGAGAGAAAACUAGCUCGUUAUUGAAACUAUCAAGAAUUUAGAAACUGAAAGAAGAUGCUGGAGAUUAGUUGGCGGUGUUUUGGUAGAGAGAACUUUGGGUGAAGUCCUAAACUCUCUCAAGGAAAAUGUAGAAUCCUUUGAAAAAACAGGUGUUAAUUUCUCUACUGCUCUUAAAAAUAAAGAAAAAUAAUUACUUGAUUUUGAAAAUACUCAUAAUUUAAGACCUAAUAGAGACAAUUUUGGUAAAAAAGAUGAUGGUACUAAAAAAAAUACUGGUGUCUUAGCUUGA